AUGCAAAGUGGGUGAAGAUAGGUGGAGGUUUUAUUGGUGCUCGACAUUUUCCCACCAAGCAUACAAAUCAUAGCGAUAAUUGUAUGCAUGUCUGCUCAGGAAUUCCAGGCUGUAAACCAAGGUUACAUUCCAUGCAGCAGGAGUGAGAUAAGACUCCAGGACAAAAGGCACAAGGAAGAGGGAGCUUUUCAGUUCUGCACAAUGAUUCAGCACUGCUUGGAGGAGUUAUGCAUUGACAAUAUUCUUGAAGCUGGUUCAAAGUCCCUUCCCAGCCUUGCCAGCUGCUUUAUGUGUGCCCAGAAUCACAGUCUUCAGAAGAAGCAGGAGGUGCAGAAAGCAAGUGCUGCUAUCUUCAUAGACUGUUGCUCAAUCCCACCACAUCCAUUCAGAGAGAAGGGCUUCUUAUUCCUGGAAAGACAGGUCUUGGUCUCCUUCCCCGUGGGUCUUGCUGUGUGGCUCAAGCAUUCUGAUCAGGACUGGCAAAGACAGCUGGAUCCCUGCAGAUGGAUUUCAUUGCAGGGGCCAUUGGAGGUGGAGUUAGUGCUGCAUUUGGUUAUCCGCUGGACACAAUAAAGGUGAGAAUACAGACACAGUCAAGCUACCGUGGAAUAUUGCACUGUAUCUUAGAUACAUACAGAACUGAAAGCGUUCUAGGUUUCUACCGUGGAGUGUCAAUGACAGUUGUCAUGGCAUCAGUAAUUUCAUCUCUUUCGUUUGGCAUCUACAAAAACUUCCUGUAUAACAUCUGCAGAUUACGAUAUGGUUCUGCAAAUAGCAAGCCAUCAAAGGUGGAUAUAUCUUUUGCUGGAGCUGCUACUGGUGCUGCCCGGGUUCUGCUAAUAUCACCUGCAGAGAUAGCCAAAGUAAGAUUACAGAUCCAGAAAGAGCCAUUUCACUCAACUGCAUCAUCCCAUCUCGCCUCCAGGCCUAAGUACCAAGGUGCCAUGCAUUGCCUGAGGACAAUUGUAAAGGAGGAAGGCCUUAGGGGUCUGUACAAGGGGUCUUUGGCUUUGCUGUGUAGAGAUUGCCAUUCAUCUGCAACAUAUUUUCUCUCCUAUUCUGUCUUAUGUGAGUGGCUUACUCCAGCUGGCCAAGAUAAACCAGGUCUGUGGGCUGUGCUUCUUUCUGGAGGCUGUGCUGGAGUGGUGGCCUGGGGUGCAGCAACCCCAAUGGAUGUCCUUAAAUCCAGGAUGCAAGCAGACAGCGAGGGGCAACGUAAAUACUCAGGACUAAUACACUGUGCCAGGGACAGCAUAAGAGAAGAGGGGCUGAGAGUGCUUUUCAAAGGCCUUGGAUUAAACUCACUCCGUGCCUUCCCUGCAAAUAUGGUGGUUUUCUUUACUUACGAGGCUGUCCUUCGGCUUGAAGAACAUUUGAUGAAAUAAAAGUGUUAACACCACACCAUCUUAAAAGUGGUUACUAUUGCCUGUCUGGAAUGAGAUUUAUCAAGAUGCUCAAGUAAUUUUCUUUUAAGAAAGCUGCCCAUGACAUGAAAAAUGCUUUGCAUGCUUGGGAAUCCAAAAAUAUUAAAGAUGUCUAUCAUUUCCUUUCCCACAAUUAUCUUCUUCCUUUUGAAGCAAACUGGCUAAUUGCAGUUUGCAGUGUCCCUAGUGAAAUGAAAAAGGUAGCUUCU